CGACAAACCUCAAGAUAAAAUUACCGUAGCUAAUUAAGAGAGCAAUAUUUCAAUGUAUGCGGGCUCUCCUAUACUUGUUGAUGUAUCGAUUGUACACAAAGUGCCCCCCAACUCCUAGCUUCAUUUAUAUUGGUUCCAUUACUUGUUUAUUCUUGUUUUGUACCUAGCUUGCUCAGCUCCAUCAACUUCAUGGAAACGAAAAACACCAAUGGGUCAAGAAGCUACGAGCAUGACAGUAUCGGUUGGUUUGAGGACAUAUCCGAGAAGGCCGGCCAAGUCCAGACCGAGACUCUUCGCCGAAUUCUUGAGCUCAACUGGGGUGUGGAGUAUCUCAAGAAAUGGUUAGGGGAUAUUGAUGUCCGAGAUAUGGAUGCAAGUGCAUUGGAGUCUCUUUACACUUCUUUGGUGCCUCUUGCUUCCCAUGCAGAUUUAGAGCCUUUCAUUAACAGAAUUGCAGAUGGGGAUACUGCUCCUUUACUCACUCAACAGCCCAUAACACUUCUAUCCUUAAGCUCUGGAACCACAGAAGGAAGGCAGAAGUACGUUCCUUUCACUGACCAUAGUGCCCGAACCACUCUUCAGAUUUUCAGCUUGGCAGCAGCCUACAGAUCAAGGGUUUAUCCAAUAAGGGAAGGAGGAAGGAUCCUUGAGUUCAUAUACAGCAGUAAACAAUUCAAAACAAAAGGAGGGUUAACAGUAGGAACAGCUACAACCCAUUAUUAUGCAAGUGAGGAGUUCAAGAUCAAGCAAGAAAAAACAAAGUGCUUCACUUGUAGUCCACCAGAAGUCAUUUCUGGUGGAGACUACAAGCAAUCUACUUAUUGUCAUCUUCUCCUUGGCCUCUACUUCGGUGAUCAAGUAGAGUUUAUAACAUCUACCUUUGCUUACAGCAUAGUUCAAGCCUUUAGAGCAUUUGAAGAUGUUUGGAGAGAAAUAUGCGAUGACAUUAAACAAGGUACUCUAAGUGAAAGAGUCACCUUGCCAAAGAUGAGAAAAGCUGUGCUUGCUAUCAUCUCUCCAAAUCCAAGCUUAGCUUCAAGAAUAGAAGAAAGCUGCAAGGAGUUGGAAACUCUAAACUGGCUUGGUUUGAUUACUAAACUCUGGCCAAAUGCCAAGUAUGUUUACUCCAUAAUGACAGGCUCCAUGCAACCUUACUUUAAAAAACUAAGGCAUUAUGCUGGGGGCUUGGCAUUAGUGAGUGCUGAUUAUGGAUCAACAGAGAGUUGGAUCGGAGCUAAUGUGGAUCCUUAUUUGCCUCCUGAAGAUGUUACUUUUGCAGUAAUACCCACUUUUUCAUACUUUGAGUUCAUGCCACUUUUUAGAGAGAAUCAAGAUUGUAGCUCAGCCAUUGAUGACUUCAUUGAAGAUGAGCCAGUACCACUCUCAAAAGUUAAGGUUGGGCAGGAGUAUGAGAUUGUCCUCACUACUUUUACUGGGCUUUAUAGAUGCAGGCUAGGGGAUGUGGUGGAAGUGGCUGGCUUUCACAAAGGGACACCGAAAUUGAACUUCAUAUGCAGGAGAAAGCUAAUUUUAACCAUAAACAUUGACAAGAACACUGAAAAAGAUUUACAAUUAGUGGUGGAGAAAGGGUGUCAGGUACUCAUGAGCAAGGGGAGAGCAGAGCUAGUGGAUUUUACUAGCCAUGCCGAGAUAGAAAAGCAACCAGGUCACUACAUAAUUUACUGGGAAAUCAAAGGAGAGGUCGAGGAAGGGAUUCUUGGCGAGUGUUGCAAGGAAAUGGAUGCAUCGUUCAGCGAUCAUGGCUAUGUGGUAUCAAGAAGAACCAACUCCAUUGGACCUCUCGAGCUUUGCGUUGUCAAGAUAGGGACUUUCAAGAAGAUCUUGGACUAUUUCAUAGGCAAUGGGUCAGCAUUGAGCCAGUUCAAGACUCCUAGGUGCACUAGCAACCAAGGAAUAUUGAAAAUUCUCAAUGGUAGCACCAUUAAGAGGUUCUUCAGCACUGCAUAUGGUAAGUGAUAUAAUCCAAUAAUUUUUGUUUGUUGUCAUAGUCCUCAAUUAAUAAUUUGUAACCUGGAUUUAAUCAUUUUAUUUUAGAAGAUUAAAUUUUUGAAUAACGUUAAA